AUGUCUAGCAAUGGAAAAGACUACACGUACACCGGUCAUGGUACCAAUGACCAAGGCAAUCACUACUGCUCGCGCGACUACGGUAGCAGCGGUACCGGAUACCACUAUUCUAACAACGACGGGAGUUAUUACUACAACAACCCGAACGGGUCCACUUACUACGACAGUGGCACAGGGUACUCGCAGUACACUGCUCCCAACGGAGACACUCAUAAAUCCAACGGUUCCUCGAAGUGA